AUGGAAGCCUCCUGCUUGACCCUCUCCAUCGAGGGCGAGCGCUUGCUCAAGGCCCAUGAUUAUGAGGGUGCCAUCAAAUUCUUUGAGGCUGGCCUUCGACAAGGCACCGAUGACCUCGAAGUUCUCAGUGCCGUGUACAACCAACUGGGCAAUGCCUGCUAUUACCUCAAACGGUACGAGAAGGCGCUUGAGUAUCAUAAGAAGGAUCUCGAAAUUGCAGAGCGUCAAGGUGACAAGCAGGGCAUGGCCAAGGCCUAUGGUAACCUCGGCAACACCUUCAAAUCCCUGAAGAACCACGAAUCCGCUCUCAAGUGCUGUGAACAACAUCUCGAACUGACGCGUCAGUUGCGGGAUCGCGUCGGUGAGAGCCGUGCCUGCUACAACCUUGGCAACGUGCAUCAUGACAUUGGCAAGCGGGAUCUGGCUGCCGGUCAACAUCGCCUCAACGAGGCCAAUCGCCAAGCGAAAAACCACAGCGCGCAACAGCAGCUUAAUCGCGAAGGCCAGCAGCUCACCCAACAGGGACGUGUCUCUGUGGAAAAGGCCAUCGACUACUACAAGACAGCCCUCGAAAUUACCGUCAGCCAAAAGGACAAGGCCGGUGAAGGGCGCGCCGUCGGUAACCUUGGUAACGCCUACACCGCCAUUGGCAAGUAUCAAGAGGCCAUCACUUACCAUAACCGUCGCCUCAAACUGGCGGAGGAAGCCAAUGAUCUGCCCGCCCGCGCGCGUGCCUGCGGUAACUUGGGCAACGCCUUCAGUGCCUUGGCCGACUACACACAGGCGCUGCAAUAUUACAACGAAUCUCUGGCCGUCGCUCGCGAAGCCGGUAACGAGGCCGGCGAAGGUCAGGCCUACUACUGCCUGGGCAGCACCUAUUACCUUCAGAAAAACUAUGAAAAGGCCAUCGAAAACCACAAAAAACAUCUUGAAGUCGUCACCAAGCUCAACGACAAGCAAGGCCAGGUGCGAGCGUGGCACAACCUGCGCAAUGCCUAUGCGCAACGCGGCGACAAGGCUGAAGAGCGCCGGUACGACGAACUGAUCAAGCAGCAAAACCCCCGGCAGCCACGCCCCGUCGUCCAAGCCGCCCAGCCGGAACAGCGCACGGCUUCGGGCAUCUCGGGUACGAGCUCGGGGAGCGGCGCCAGCGGCAAGAAAGGUGCCGCCAAAACCAAAAAGGGCGCCGGCCUCUUCAAAAAGUCUGCCGCCAAGGGCAACACGGUUGAGGCAUUUUCCGUAGAAGACUCCUCCGAUGAAGAGGACGUGGUGACGACUCGUGCCGAGCCUGGUGCCGCGGGUGGAGCCAACAAGUCAGACUUUGCCUCGGAGUGGCUGGCCAGUGCAGUCAAGGAAAGCCAGCAAGAGAUGCGUGAGCGCCAGUCGACGCAGCAGGCGACAGCCCACGAGACCUCCACAUCAGGUCAAGACGCCAGCGAGCUGCCCAUGGACUUUUUCGAUAUGCUGGUGGAAAAGCAACGGCAGUUGGAUGAUCAGCGAGCGCCGGCUCCGUCCAACGGCAUGGCCCACUUUGAUGAACCGGGCUCUGGCCCCGCACAAGACGAGGACGCCUUUUUUGACAUGAUUCUGGAAACUCAAGCCAACCGCUACGAUACCCAGCGCUCUGCCGCCGCCGAGCCCUCUGCAGUGGAACGCAACGUGGAUCCCGUCAAUAAGGGUACGGCCUCUCCGAGCAAGACGGUCGGCGACGAACUGGACGACAACAUGAGCUUUUUUGAGAUGCUGGCAGUGGCCAAGAAGAACAAAGCGUAGGCGCGCGAGCGCGUCACCCCCUUUGUUUUUUUCUCUUUCAUGGAUGUUUACUGCUUGUGUGCUGUUCUCUUCUUUUUCAUCCAUCGACUUUCCAACACACUCUCAGCCUUCUUUUGUCCGUUGCUCUGGUAGCUUGUUGACUGGUCUGUCCAUCUGGCUCGUGCUCCCACUUAUUGUUCUGUACCCCUUGUGUGUGGAAAGAGCUUCUCUGCAGCGACCUGUCCAUUGCAAGGAAACACGGUUGCGUGGAAUUGGAAAAACGCGAUGGCUAA